CUUUCUGCUUCGGCUUCCCCCCUCUUCUUCUUCGUCUGCAUAUAUACACGCACACACCGCCACGCCGCGAGCAUGAACUGAAACGGCGGCACACACCUUCUCCUCUGCAUCCUCACAUAUAACAUAGAGAAAACAGUUUCUUGCGUCCUCUCUCUUGGUCACAAGAAAGAGAUGGGUUCGGGUUCAACCACCGUCAGGCUCAUGGCCUUCGCCUCCGCUCUCGUGCUGCUGACCCACUGCACUCACGCGGCAGCGGCACCAAGCUUUCAGCAGAAACAGGCUGCGGCCAAGACGUGGUGCGUGGCCAAGCCAUCGACGGGCGAGGCGGCGCUGAGGGCCAACCUGGAGUUCGCCUGCUCCGAGAGCGACUGUAGCGCGAUCCAGGGCACGGGGGGCUGCUCCGCGCAGAACGGCGGCGUGCUGCUGUCGCGGGCCUCGGUGGCCAUGAACGCCUACUACCAGGCCAGGGGGAGGAACACCUGGAACUGCUUCUUCAACGCCACCGGCAUCAUCAGCAUCACCGACCCCAGUCUAGGCACUUGCAAGUAUGCCUGAGACCAGGGGGGGGGGGGGGUCACUGAAGCCGAGAAAAUAAGAUGUUUCUAGGAUAUAUGUGUCUGUCCCCUAGAAAGUUUAGUGUGUUUGUUUUCACCAUCAGAACUGCCAUUGUUCGAAUCAGGCAUAGCUUCAGUGUUUGAGU